AUGACUUCAGAGCUUAUACCGUCAGAUGAAUUGGCAGAGGCGAUGUAUAACAACGUCAAGUUGGAUUAUCUCUUGGCAAAUACUGACAAUAUACCUCCUGAACCCGCGCAAAACAACACGAUAACUAGUCAAUCUGCUGAACCCAUCUCAUCACCACAACCAACAUCCGUGCAAUGGAAACCACUAAGAACACUAGCCAAUGCGCACAAUGGUUGGAUCCGAAGUAUAGCCAUCGAUCAUCUGAAUAAGUUCUUUGUAACUGGAUCAUCAGACACGACGAUCAAGAUCAGAACCGUGGCAAACCCCCAUACAUUAUUAGCGACACUAACAGGGCACAUCAUGGCUGUACGAACUUUUUCCAUAUCCCUGCGAUUCCCGUAUUUAUUCCUGGGAUCUGAAGAUAAGACGUUACGAUGUUGGGAUUUGGAACGAACUAAUGCAAAAGAAGGUUGUCUCAUUCGACAAUACCAUGGUCAUGUCGGUGGAAUAUACGCUACAAGUCUCCAUCCAGAGCUAGAUUUACUUAUAAGUGGUGGGAAAGAUCAAGUUGUUAGAGUAUGGGACAUACGUACCCGAACAGAAGCAAUGACGUUAGUAGGACAUCGCAGUGAUGUCACUUCCAUUGAAACCCUUCCGUUUGACCCUCAAAUCAUAACUAGUUCAAUGGAUGGAACUGUCCGAUUAUGGGACUUACGUAAACAAAGUACCCAGGUGACGUUAACACAUCAUACUAAAUCUAUACGACUGAUGAAACUACAUCCUGAAGAAAUGACCUUCAUUUCAGGAGAUUCAAACGGAAUUAUAAACCAAUGGCUCUUACCCAAGGGUGAGCUUUUAAACCAGUUUGACCCAACCGAAAAUGAAAGCAAGAUAAUAAACACACUCUCAGUAAAUCCAGUAACAAACACUGUAUUUGCUGGUUAUGAUGAUGGUAAAACUGGAUUCUACAAUUACAUUACGGGCAAGUUAGAACAUAUCGGAUACUUUCCUAAUCCAUCUACAGUCUAUGCCUCUGCAUUUGAUCAAUCAGGAUUAAGAUUGAUAACGUGUCACGGAAACAAACUGAUUAGAGUAUGGCAUUGCGAAUAA